UUCUCGCUGCCUAUCGGGCGGGGCGGUUAAUCAACAAACCCAGUCUGAGUGGAAUGAGGUCUUGGCCAAAGCCUCAGACGCCAGUGCUUUGAAUCCGUGCCUGAGGAAAGCUUUUACGAUGGCUCUCGCGGCCCUCCUGUGGGAGAUGGUUCGGCUGUGGUGGUCCUUUACUAACGGUGCGGUUCUGAUGGUCUUCGCUGCGGCUGGAGGGUUGUGGUUGGCGGUGUUUUAUUUGAGCGACAGGAAGAAAAAUAGGGACCGAUGGCAGCAAGCAGGACGGGACGUGAUCGUGGUACACUGCCUUUCUCCCGGACGUUUCACCCCGAACACGUCGCCUUUUGUGAUGAAGCUUCUCACCUUUUUGCGCCUCGCUCGUCUACCGCAUUUGGUAGACCACGAAGAACCGUUCGGACCGAAAGGCAAAACUCCAUGGAUUACUCUCAAUGGCGAGGACUUUACUGAUUCUCACCUGAUAAUAGAAAUGCUAUCUGACCAGUAUAACAUUGAUUUAACAAAUUCCUUGACGGCAGAACAGAGAGCGGCUGCAAAGGCUUUUACUGUUAUGAUUGACGAGCAUGUUUGUUGGUGCUUGCGGGCGUGGCGCUUCGGCGAGGACGGCGGCAGCAACCUGAAGGAGGGACUGAGCUUACCUUUCUACAAACGACUCCUCUUCCCUCUGUUCGUGAGGGAGCAGCGGACUGCACUGUGGCACCAGGGCGUGGGUCGCCACUCGCACGCCGCGGUCAGGGCAAUGAUGAAGGAGGACCUGCUGGCGCUCUCGAAGUACCUCGGGGACAAGCCCUUCCUCAUGGGCGACACGGCAUGUGCGGUGGACUGUUCGAUGUUCGCCUUCUUAGCAAACAUUUUGUAUAACUACAAUCGUUCUCCAUACUAUGCUGUAGUAAAUGAAGAGCUGGUGAAUCUACGGCAGUACGUGGAGCGCCUGAAGAGCCAGCUGUGGCCGGACUGGGACGAGUGUCUGGCGUCGCCGUGACCUCCGCGCGCACUGGCUCGCCCCUGCGCCGCCCUUCGUCAGGCGAGCGCUGUCACGUGCUCCGCUGGACAGUUGUAUUUUUCUGUGAAUUAGAUUCUUUUGUGUGUGUGUGUG